AUGGAUUUCGUCAUAAAAUUCGCACAAGCCCAUGAAUCGUUCCGCGUGGCAGAGAUACAGGCUCUUGCUGUAAUAGAAGGCGUUGACUUGGAGGUCCUCGAGUACAGGGAUGACUCCCCCUUCUGCAUUGCACGUCUUCCUUCAGCUGGAGACGCCCAUAGAUUGAUUCGAAGGUCUAUUCUUGCUCAGUCCGUACAUGAACUCUGGGGGACAGGUGCCACAUUUGAUGCCCUACAUCAGUCCGUGACGGAACGGACUAGCAAAAUAUGGGCAGAUUACAAGUCUGUAUCCUUCAAAUUUAUCAUCGACUCAUACCAAGGAGCACACUCAAAUAGCGAGAGACUAUCCAUUAUCAACACCUUUGACUACCUACCAUUCGAGGGACCGAUUCGUAUGUCGCAGCCAGACGAAAUAUUUACAGUAUUCGAACUAUGGCCAUUCAAUAGCGUCCCACUUGGAAUAGAAAAACCCACCAACAUUUAUUUAGGGCGCCUCGUUGGAAAGUCAUCACGGGAAACUGUUCUUAAAUUCGACCUGAAGAAGCGAGGAUACAUAUCUACUACUAGCAUGGAUUCGGAACUGUCGCUCAUAACCGCAAAUAUUGCCCUGGCAGGGCCUGGAAAGCUUUUCUAUGACCCGUUUGUUGGCACGGGGUCGUUUCCAAUCGCUUGUGCUUGCUUCGGCGCGAUGGCAUGGGGCAGUGAUAUAGACGGCAGAAGCAUGCGCGGCGAAGGGGGCACCAAGAGCUUGAGGGGCAACUUCCAGCAGUACGACAUCGAACAGCGAUUAGGUGACGUCUUCGCUGCUGAUCUCAUGAAUUCGCCAAUUAGCAAGAAUAAACGGAUAUGGGAUGGGAUAGUCUGUGACCCGCCAUACGGCGUCCGGGAAGGGCUGAGAGUUCUCGGACUCAAGGAUCCUGAAAAGACACCAUGGCUUAUCGAACAGGGCAAGAAAAAUGCUUCCUCGCCUGAUUUUGUGCCACCCAAAAAGCCAUACAGUUUCUUGGCGAUGCUGGACGAUAUCCUCGCCUUCGCCGCAGCCACGUUGGUUGACAAUGGCAGGUUAUCGUUCUGGAUGCCCACCGCGAAUGACGAGGACCAAGAAAUACCUGUGCCCACACACCCGUCACUCGAAGUGGUGGUGGUUUGUGUUCAAAAGUUCAACAAGUGGUCAAGACGAUUGAUUACAUAUAGUCGACUUUCAGACGAAAAGGUUUCUGCAGCAGCUGUGGCAGUAUACCACAGUCGGAAAACGGUCAGCACGGUGGGCUCAACUGUUGACGACCUGAACCCGUUCCGGCGCGGAUAUUUCAAGAAGUUCGAGACUUAA